CAGUGUGCAAUUCGCGUAUCGAAAUGUCAUUUUUGCGAAUCACUUUGCGAAGAAAAUGAUAAAAUUGCGAAUCGAAUAUUUUUAAGCGGCGACAAAAAUGCUUUUUGCGUUUUAAAAGUUUAAGCACGAAAACUGGUGCAAAUUGUAUUACAGUAUUGCUGCAUAUUUUUAAUAUGCCUGUAGUAAAAAAGACUGAUUUUAUAGACAUAUGAACAUAUAUUUGUACAUAUUGUGACUUUUGUCUGAUGCAAUGUAUUUACUAUAGAAGUCAUUCUGUGCAGCGGUAACAACGUUGAUUCUUUAUAUUCUUUGUUUUACCAUUUCUGCAUAGUAAUUAAAAUUACCAAAAUGCCGAAAGAAAGAAUACAGAAGAAAUCUAGAAACCAUCAGCAGGUUAGAGCAGAAGGCAUUCAGUUUAAAACUGAGCAUGGUCAACAUAUCCUAAAGAACCCACUUAUUGUCAAUGCCAUUAUAGAUAAGGCUUCAAUCAAGAGUACAGAUACAGUUCUUGAAAUUGGUCCUGGUACAGGUAACAUGACUGUCAAGAUGUUGGAAAAAGGUAAAAAGGUGAUUGCAUGCGAGUUAGAUCCGAGGAUGGCUGCAGAGCUGCAAAAAAGAGUGCAGGGAACGCCAGAAUCGAACAAGUUGCAUUUAAUUGUUGGAGACGUGAUGAAAACAGAUUUGCCAUAUUUUGAUUGUUGUGUAGCGAACAUGCCAUAUCAGAUUUCAUCGCCAUUUGUGUUCAAGUUGUUACUUCAUCGACCAUUCUUCAGAUGUGCUGUACUUAUGUUUCAACGUGAAUUUGCUCAAAGAUUAGUUGCGAAACCAGGUGACAAGCUUUAUUGUCGUCUCUCAAUCAAUACUCAGUUGCUAGCAAGAGUGGAUCAUCUGAUGAAGGUUGGUAAAAACAAUUUCCGUCCACCUCCCAAAGUGGAAUCAAGUGUUGUGAGAAUAGAACCCAAAAAUCCACCACCGCCAAUUAAUUUUCAGGAAUGGGAUGGCUUAGUGAGGAUUGCAUUUGUAAGAAAAAAUAAAACUUUGGCUGCAUGUUUCAGUUCUAAGGCGGUAAUAGAGAUGUUGGAGAAGAAUUACAAGGUUCAUUGUUCCAUGAACGAUAUUAUGGUUGAUGCAGAUUUUAGUAUGAAGGAUAAAGUCAACGAUAUACUUUCAAAUAAUGAUUUUGGAAAAAAACGAGCAAGAACGAUGGACAUUGAUGAUUUCUUACUACUUCUUAAUACUUUCAACACGAAUGGGAUCCAUUUUGCUUAGUCAACAUUUCUUUUGAUAAAAAAAAAGAUAUUGUUGCCACCAUGCUGAGUCGUAGUUGUGUGGUAGACGUGAAAGCUGUACCACAGUAACAGGAGCAUCAAUCGAUUAUGAAGUCGUUCUUAAGAAGAAGAUAUAAUGUGAUAUACGCGGAUAGAGCAAAAUAUUUUCUAAAUGGACGCAGUACACCAGAACAUCUAUAGGAACAUUGUUUAUGAUCUUUGAAUUACUAUUUUUUGCUUUAUGGAUUGAAUACAAAAGUGCGAAUUAAAUGCGUCUCACGAUAAUUUUGUUUGGAUUUGUUUUGUUUUUGACAAAAACAGAGAAGGACUAGAUUUUAAUGCGAAUGUUUUACUUGCAAUCUGUAGAAAAAUGUAGCGAACGUGUAAUCAGCAAUUUACAUAGAAAAUAAUAAUAUCUGUGAAAAUAAUUUUGCGCGAAAAAAAAAGUUUAUUUCGCGUUAUGAAAAGUAAAACGGCGCAAAAGUCGAGGAUAGUAGGAAACUGAAAUGCAGAAAAGUAGAUAACUGCAACACUCGUGAUUUAGGCGGAAAAUUUGAUUUAUAAGUACACACAGCAUAAGGCUCAUGUCCAUAGCCAGCCUGAAGUGAGUGAAUAAAAACAGGAGAAAAAAGAACAAU